AUGAUAAGAAUAGGAGUAAAUAAAAGUGCAAAGUGUACGUGUGAACUUUAUAAAAGUUCGAAUUGACUGUGCUAAAGUAGACACUAGCAAUAACCCUAGCCUUAGCAAUAGCUCUAUCACGAGCUCUAGCUUUAGCCCUAGCCUUACCACACUCUGUUCUGUCUUGCCCUGCCUUUUUUGUAGGCUUUAAUCUAAUACCCACCUUACCCCUAAUAUAGCACGAUUUCCUAACUAAACCAAGCUCAUUGUCCCAACUAUAAUACUCUACCAAAACACCCAACACAAACUAUACAAAAAGUCAAUCCCCCAUGAAGCACGCAAUAAUUUUGUUUACACUCAGCGACAACUAUUGACCGUUUUGCUAAUCCCAGUACGUACUACAUUACAACAAAAAUUUAAGUAAAUAAUUAAGCGAGUAAUCCCGAAGGCCAUCUUUUCAGCCGGAUUAUGCGACGUACCUAGAAAUAUGUAACAAGACUAAUCGCAUGCUUGUUAACAUAUUUUUAAUUAGCAUGGUUUUAUACUGUAAUUUGGUUUUGUGAAAAAGAGUUGCUUAUUAAAUAGACCAUUUUUUAUUUUGAAUUUGACUAAUAUUUCAUUUUUAGUGCACAGCCCGUUUCUCCUCCGCCGGUACCUCCCAUACCUGGUCGAUUGACUCUCUUUUGCCAGCAUUUAUGUUUGUUGUGGUACGAUCUCAACUUCAGCACUUGGGAGCUGAAAUCCGGUUGGUUGCGGACUUUUGUCCUCAGGUUAGAUGUAAUGGAGAGAUUGCCAUGAUGUUCACCAUGUUACAGUCGGCUUAUAUUCAAAUUUGCAAGGAAAAGAGCAAUCCUUAG